CUUUUCUUCUUUAUCUAUUUUUUAUAACUCCUAUAUAUAUAAUAAUAACUUUUUUUUUUUUUAUUUCUGUAUAGCUAUGGCAGAAAAGCCUUUACAAGUCUUUGCUAUACACGACUUUGAAAGAGAACACGAAGAUGAAAUUACUUUUUACGCUGGAGAAUCCAUUAUUGUUAUUGAGAAAGAUGAAAAAUAUCUAGAUGGUUGGUGGCAGGGUCGUAAUCAAAGGGGUGAAAUUGGAUUAUUUCCUAUGAAUUAUACUUCACCCACUAAACCUAUUCGUACGGAAACAAUUGAUUCAACAUUAGAUCAACAAAAAAGCCAGAUUCAUCAAGAUGAUAAUAAUAUAACUACUGAUUCAUCUAUUACUUCAGCUUCUACUAUCAAUUCUUCUCCUCCUGAAACGUUUAUUCAUCAAAAAGAUCAAAUUGAUACAUCUACUCAAUCAUUGGAUCAAACUCCGGAAUUAUGGGAUGUACCUCGUGUUUGCACUUGGUUAGAAUCUGUUGGAUUAGAAAAUGCUAUUGAUAACUUUGUGGAACAAGAAAUUACUGGUGAUGUACUUUUGGAUUUGAAUAUGGAAACAUUGAAAGAAUUAGGAAUCACUGCUUAUGGAAGACGAUAUAAAAUUAUGACAGCAAUUAGUAAAUUAAUCUCCUCCACUCAACCAUCAACAAUUACCAAUGAUACAAAUCAAGGCUGUACUAUGUCUUCAUCAACUGGUGGUGAACCUUAUCAUUCAUCUUCACGUCCUGCCAAUAGUACUGGUUCAACUAUCUCUUCGCCUAUCGAUGCUGAUUCUCUUUAUCAAUUUCCUCGAAAAGCACCUGCUCCUCCAUCAUCCUCCACUUCUUCAUCAAAUUCUCAUCUUCAUUCCAACAAUAACAAUAUUCUUUCUCGACCAGAAUCCAGUACUAGUCUAAGCUCAAGCACAAACAACAAUAGUAAUAAUAUCACUCGAUCCAACACUUAUAAUACCACAUCAUCAAGUUCUGGUACAGUAAAAAGUAGUGAUUAUUCAACUCGAUCGGGAUAUAGACUACAACGGGAUUCAUUCAAAGAUGCAGCGCAUCCAUCUGUCUCUCAUAGUACACCAAUCAAAAGCAAUAAUAUGGCGGCAAGAAUCAAUCAUCCAGCAGAUCAAACCUUAUCCAUGGCUUCUGUUGGUAGUUCCGUUCAAAGACCCUCCACUGAUGAAUUCCAAGCUCCGGAACAUGAAGGUUGGCUCCACAAACAAAGUGAUAAAUACAAAACUUGGAAUAAGAGAUGGUUUGUUUUGAAAGGUACAAACUUGUUUUACUUUAAAAGUCCAAAGGAUGUUAGAAUGAAAGGUAUUAUCAAUCUACGUGGCUAUCGGAUUAUAGUGGAUGAAACUAUACAUAGCAACAAGUACUGUUUCAAGGCGCAACAUGAACAAGAGCGAAUCUUUUAUUUUUAUACUGAUACCAAGGAAUCAAUGAAAUUAUGGCUCCAAGCUUUAAUGAAAGCGACUAUUAUGCGCGAUUUUACUUCACCGGUGAUGUCAUCCAAUCAAGUAGCAACCGUUCCUUUGGAUGUAGCUCAACGUAUGCGACCUCGACCUCCUUCAGUAAUUAUGUAUAAACCACCACCCGCAUCUAAUGAACCAAUGCAAAUGGUACAAGAAGAAGAAGAGGAAUCUCAUCAUGGAAAAGAAUCAUCUUUCAAUGCACCUUUGGAUGAUAAUAGCGACUAUCGUAUUGCACCAUCUUCAGCCAUGAAUACUCCAGCUAUCAGCAAUAACAAUACAAAUACGGAUGAUGACGAUGAUGAAGAUAAUAUUGAUCCAUAUGAAACAGCUCAACGUCAUCAACAACUUACUCUAGAUUCAACAGAUGUAACCAAUGGACAUGCUGAAUCUACCAAAAUCAAUCGAUCAUGGACCAAUGCACAAUAUGUUGACUGGAUUAAUAGUUAUUUACCUCAAGGAAAAAAGGUGGUUGAUCUUCCAAGUGCUUUCCGUAAUGGGGAUACUUUGAUUGUGUUAUUAGAAACUCUUAGUGGCAAGACAGUUCGACGCAAUCCUGAUCAAAAAGGUGGUUCUGUCAGCAUGAAGGUUUUGGAUAAUAUUGUAGCUGCAUUCAAGUUUAUGGGUAGAGAAGGGGUUGUAGUAGAUGGUAGAUACACUAUCAAAGAUAUCUUUGGUGGACAUGAAGAUAAAAUCUUGGAUAUGGUGGAUGCGAUCAAAAUGUGGGCAGAAACAAAUGGAUAUAUGGAACAAGAGCAGAAUACAACAAGUAAUCAUCAUACCACAGCUUUACCACCUACUGACAUUGAUACAACUUCAAAUUCGUUAUCAAUGAAUCUUUUGCCAGAACCAACAACAACUGAUCAAGAUGACUUUUCUAAAUCUUUUUACAAUGACACCUUCCAUCAUAUGACUGACUCAACUCAACAACUCCCUCAACAUGUAGCUUAAUAUUAGAUUUCCCUCUUUUCUUUAUCAUUAUUAUUAUUACUAUUUUUUUUUU